AUGGAGCUAGCAGAGUGUUUUACUGGCCGGAUGCCUUUCCCGGUCCCCAUCGAGGACUGCCCUUACACAUUUUUAUUUCCCUCACUGUCCCGCCCCCCCCUCCCCUGGCAUGCCCUCUCUUGCUCCAAGGUCUCCAAGGACGAAGGCUCGGCGCUGGCCCAGGAAUUCGGCUGCCCCUUCUUCGAGACCUCCGCCGCCUUCCGCUACUACAUCGACGACGUCUUCCACACCCUGGUCCGCGAAAUCCGACGGAAGGAGAAGGAGAUCGUCAUGGCGCUGGAGAAGAAGUCCAAGCCGCGUCCGAGCGUCUGGAAAGUCUUGAAAUCCCCUUUCUGCAAGAAGAAAAACUCCGUCACCUGAAAACAACCCCCCCCCUCCUCUCAUCCCCCACCCCACCCCAAAAGG